AUGGUGGGACAGGGGAAGACGAUAAUUUGUUUAGUGGGGUUCAAAGCAAUGAAUAGACCUAUCAAUAAACAAUGUGAUAUGAAUAGCUUAUCUGUUCUAAUCGAAUAUUUUGCAUCCGUAAUGUGCAAACUAAGUUCAAGAAAUGUUCAAUUGAAGAGACUUGAAAAAUGGACAGACCCAUUUUCAUAUGGAAAUUCCCGGAAUUUUUAUAUCUUCGGAAAAUAA